AGCCCAGAGGGCCGUGCCAUGGCCUUCCGGAACAUCGUCCCUCUGUCCCUGGACAGCCCAACCCAUGCUGUGUGUGUGCUGGGCGUGGAGCUCUUCUUAGACAUCAGUGGGUGCGCCCCGCCGGCGUGUGAGUCCUUCUCCGUGGACGCGUCUCUGGGCGUCGUGGUCCGCGUCUGCGGCGCAGACCCGGUGGAGAGCAGGGAGGGGCCGGCCGCGCCCCGCUGGCCCCUGUCGUGCCCCACGGACGUGCUGGUGUCAAUGACGUCCCCCAACUUCGCGGAGGACGAGGGCAAGGUCCUGGUCUUCUACCACCAGCCCAAGGAGGACACCCCCGUGGCCACGGCUGUGCUCCACCUCACGGGCGUUGAGCUCUCCCUGGAUGUGGACGUCUACCGCAGCGGGCGCUUUGAGGCGACUGACAAACAGGCUAAGAAAACCUGGGUCUGGGGCCCCGGUGGCCGGGGUGCCAUCCUGCUUGUGAACUGCAGCCCUUCUGUCGCGGGCCAGCCCGUGGACAAGAACAAGGUGUUCUCCUCUGAAGUAAAGAGUUUGUCCCAGAUGGUGCUGAAAGUUCAGGGGCCCAGCUGCAUUACAAAGAAUUACCGGGUGGUGCUCCACACCUCCAAGGAAGAGUCGGAGAAGGCAAGAGUCUACCGGCCACAAAAUGAUGGUUCCACGGCCUUCGAGUUGGUUCUGGGGCCUGACCAGCACACCUACACCUUGGCGCCCCAGUGGGAUGACAGGAAGGGUACCUUGAAGGAAACCUUCUAUGUUGAAGCCUUAGAGUUUCCAUCCGCCAGCUUCUCGGGCUUGAUUUCCUUCUCGGCCUCCCUGGUGGAAGAGUCUCAAGACCCGCUGGUCCCAGAGACUGUGCUGUACAAAGACACAGUGCUGUUCCGGGUGGCCCCCUGCAUCUUUGCUCCCACCACCCAGAUGCCUCUGGAGGUGUACCUGUGCAGAGAGCUGCAGGUCCAGGGCUUCGUGAGCGCGGUGACGGAGCUGAGCGAGAGGAGCAACAGCCAGGUGGCAUCCGUCUACGAGGACCCCAACCGCCUGGGCCGGUGGCUCCAGGAUGAAAUGGCAUUCUGCUAUACCCAGGCUCCUCACAAGACCGUCUCCUUGGUCCUGGACACCCCUCGGGUUGCCAAGCCUGACGAUUUCCCCAUGAAAUACUCACUGAGCCCUGGGGUUGGCUACCUGACUCUGCGCACCCAGGACCACACGGUGGCCAGCAUAGACAUCAUUGGGAAACUGAUGGUGUCCCCCCCUGUGAAGGCCCAAGGAAAAGAGUACCCUCUGGGCAGGGUCCUCAUCGGCAGCAGCUUUUACCCCAGCAAGGACUCCCGGAACAUGAGUCAGAGCCUCCAGGACUUCCUCCGUGCCCAGCAAGUCCAGGCCCCGGUGGAACUCUUCUCCGACUGGCUGAUGACCGGCCAUGCCUGCGAGUUCAUGUGCUUCAUCCCCAUGCAGUACAAGGUGGAGGGCAAAAAGGACUUCCGGCUGCUCCUGGCCAGCCCCAGCUCCUGCUACAAGCUGCUCAAGGAGAGACAGAAGGAGGGCUAUGGAGACGCGAUGCUCUUUGAAGGGCUUAGGAAGGACCAGCUCAUUUCUAACGGGAGGGAGGCCGUUACCAUCAACCAACUUCUGGCUGAUGAAAAGAUGAGGAAGCAGAAUGACUAUGCCGAGAAGUGCAUCCACCUGAACCGCAGCAUCCUCAAGAGGGAGUUGGGCCUGCAAGAGGAGGACAUCAUCCCCAUCCCGCAGCUCUUCUGCCUGGAGCACAUCGCCAACGCGCCCCCCAGUGAGCAGACCAAGAGGCUCUACGCCCGGCCCUACUUCCCCGACCUGCUGCAGAUGGUCGUGAUGGGCCUGAACCUGGGUAUCCCCAAGCCUUUCGGGCCCCGGGUCAGCGGCGCCUGCUGCCUGGAGGAGCGGGUCUGCCAGCUGCUGGAGCCGCUGGGCUUCCAGUGCACCUUCAUCGACGACUUCGACUGCUACCUGACCGAGAUCGGAGACUUCUGUUCCUGCGCCAGCAUCCGCCGGGUGCCCUUUGCCUUCAAGUGGUGGGGCAUGGUCCCCUAGACCACCUGAGCGCCCCUGCCCUGCCCUGCCCGGCACGCAAGGCCCACCGCCACCACCUGACAGCGUCUGGUUGACAGCGUCUGGUACAUGCCUUGCUCAGGGACCCCCUUCCUAACCCUACGCGCCUCCAGCUCCCAGUUGCUCAGUGGGUGGCAGUGCUGGCAGCCUGAGCCCCUUGGGAGAGCUUGGAAAAUGGCCUUCAGCAGAGAAGUCACUGAGGGCCCAUUAAAGUCCUGGCUGUUCUGACUGCA